UGUCAGUUCAAACGACGCCAUUUUGUUGUUGACUUCACUACUUCAAUAAUCUUACUCUCCGCUGCAUUUUGCUUUCUGACAGUUUAUCCCGUUUUGGUGAAUCAUGUUUGCGAAUGUAGCAAGCGUGUAUUACCAAGCUCACGAUGAACUAGUCAAGCCAAAGACUCCUCCACCCAGCCUGGCUGUUUCCCAAAUGGACCAUUCCUUCCCAAAUCCACACCCUAGGGUUGAAUCUGAGUUUUGGUCCACCCCCCUGACAUCCCUGCCCAUAACCGAGAUCCCCCUCUCUGACCCAUCCCCUCAGCCAGCCUAUGUUCCCAUUGUCAUCACAGCUGACUUUGUGGAGAUUGAUCUGAGUGACCUUGAUGACACAGAACGCCCUCAGCCCUCUAUGGUGUCUGUGCAGACACAAUCAUUUGUUGCAGCCUGCUGCUCGUGUGUCUUCAGAUGGAUCAAGAAAUUAUUCUUGUGCUAGAUGAACUGUUAAUAUUGAUAUGAAUUAUAGAAAUAGUUUAGAACUUUUUAGAACAACGAUCCUGUUUUAUUACAAUUUGACAAAUCAGUCUUAAGUAUCCAUAAAUUUAAAUAAACAAUUUUGGGCAUGUGAUACAAAGUACAUUGCAAUAAAAUAUAUUUUUUUGUUACUUCUAUCAAUGUUUUGUUAUAGGCUUUAUAAAGUGUGUGUUUGUUCUGUUCUGAAGUGUUUGUUUCAUUCUUGCUUGAAAUUCAUCAAUUACAUUGCAGUAUUCCUGGUUAGAUUAAGACCUCUGUACCUGAUACGUGUCGUAAGCGUCCUUACUUAUUUUUGUGUUUCUCGUCUCCCCCUACCUCCUGAUAUUUGAUAAAGUAAUUGUCACGAAAACCUGCUACAAUUGCAAUCACAUAGACGGUCAUCUAUGUUAUUUAUAAAGUUCGGGGUUGUGCAGCCUUUGUCGUUUAAGUGGACGUAAGUUACUACCACUUUUGAAAAACUCCGAGUAAAAGUGACUUUGUACCAGAAAAGGUCGGUUCAAACCAACACAAACACAUCCCAAGCUGGUUCACUUGCAAUGAUCCAAUUUGGUAACAUUAACAAUGAUUCCAUCUAUACGUACGUAUAGUUUGUCAUUUCAUACUUCAUAUAAAUAUAGAUGAAACUGAUAGGGUAGCCAACCGUAUCGGGCAAAUACCACUAUUACAAAUAUACACCAGUGCAUGCUUCGAUUUACUGUCUUAUCUCCAGAACGUUCAAUACAUUCUAAUGCAUAUUUGCAUAAAACUCAGUUUAAUUCUAUGCUUAUAAAAUAAAAUAGUUCUGGAA